AUGGGUCUGCCCAUGUCUUACAACCUGUUGCGCGCUGGCUAUGACCUUACGGUUCACAAUCGUAGCCAGGAGAAGGUUCGCCAGAUUGCUGAUGCCGGAGCGUCGGCGGCGACUUCGACCGCCGAGGUCAUGGCCAAUUGCGACAUCGUGCUGGCCUGUCUGCCUGACGUGGCAACCUGCGAGGCGGUUCUCCUCGGUGACGACGGCGCUCUGCCCAACGCGCGCCACGGCCAGAUCAUCGUUGACCACAGCACCGUCGGCGCGGCGACUUCCAAAGCCUGCGCCGCAGUCGCCGAGAACCGAGGCGCGAUGUUCCUCGACGCACCCAUCAGCGGCGGAACCGAGCGGGCCACCGACGGCAGCCUGACCAUCAUGGUGGGCGGCCCGGCGGAAGCCUACCGGGCGGUUCAGCCUCUGUUCGAUGUUAUGGGAGCCGUCGUGCACCAUGUUGGUCCAACCGGUUCCGGCACCGCCGCCAAGUUGGUAAACCAACUGCUGGUCGGCGUCCACAAGGUGGCGGCGGCGGAAGCCAUGCUGCUGGCUGCCAAGUCAGGGGCCGAUCCGGCGCUGGUGUUUGAACUCGUCAACUCGGGAUGGGGACAGAGUUUCAUCCUGGGGCGCAAUGCUCCGGCCAUGCUCGAUCGUGAUUUCGACGGCAUUCGGACCCAACUGCGCGUGUUCCUCAAGGAUCUCGGCCUCAUCCAGGAGAUGGCGAGGGAUUUGGGGACUCCAAUCCCGGGAGGCGACCUCGCCUAUCGUCUCUUCCAGGAAGCGGUGGACCAGGGCCUCGGAGACUUGGAUGGCGCGGCCAUCGUCCUGCCGAUGGAAGAGCAGGCCCAUUUCCAGAUACAACGCACGGGCGGGUGA